CUGAUCUUUCGUUACGUUGGCGACGUUCAAACACUUCCUGGUUGAGUCCCAACAACGUGUUUGUCGUCUACUCUUCUCUUUUAGUUGUUUUGGUGUUGCUUUCCAAGAGUAAUGUUUAAUUUAUUAAUAAUUAGAGACACCGAAAGGCUUCAGCCUCUUUCCGUUUCUAACCAAAAGUGACUUUCGCGACGUCGAUCGCCACCUUUUUUCUGCGAUGAGUAAUGUGGGCCACUCUCAAACAACUCAGUCAGAUGUUGUUGCGGACUCCUGCAACAUCGUGCUGGAAACAUCCCCUCCCGAUUAUGUGAAGAAAAUGUCACGGUAUCUUGAGGAACAGACCAGACGGGAUGAGUCAUGGGAAAACUCCGCUGAAGAAGACGACGACAGUGAUUCAGGGGACAGUAUGUUCAUCACUCAAGCCCCCGUACCUGAACCUGUGAGAUCAAGAAGACGAACGGCCCCCGCGCCCCUACAUGGAAGUAAGGGUGAUACUUUACUGUCGGAUUCCCAUGGAAAAUCGAAAUCUUACAAAAAGAGGAGAAAUUACAGCCCGCCAAAGCACAGUUUCUUUUCCCUGGAUGGAGAGAGGCCCAGGGAGACUGUGUUGCAUCCUCAUCAGAAUAUAAGACUACAUAAUUUUGCAAUGGGAGGCUUUUUUCAAAGUGUCAAGCAGCUGUGGCAGAACUAUCAAAGAGGUGUGGAGUCAUCUUUACCGACAGUUGACGCGGAUGGGGAGUGCUUAUCUCCAAUAUCAGAAGCAGAAGAGGAAAAUAACGAAGACGUGGACAUCAAAGUGGUGCCGCGGAGGUGGUUGGUGGUGCCAUCAACAACAAAAAAGCUCUCACGACCUUGGUACACUCCAACAACGGAGGACAGUCAGUUGAAACAGCAAAAGAAGAAGACGGGCACAAAAGUCACACAAUUAACGCCACAAAGAGGACAUGAAAUACGAGCUACGGCGACCGUAUUGAAGGAUACGCCAUCUUCACGUAAAAAGUGCUUGGAUGAUAAAGAGUCUUCUCCAACAAGUGACAGAAAUGACCCGGCCGGAACUGAAACACCAAGGGCAAAGAUAAGUCUUGCCAGAGAAAUUAAAAAGGUUACUUCUCGGAAGAAUAAAAGGAAAUGUGAUCUGUAUAACAACAGGGAUGCUACAGUCUGUGAGCCAAGUCCAGAUGGACACGUAGAAACGGACAGAGAAGCAUCUGCAGCAGUAGCAGAGCCCCAGGCGGAUGUUUUCCGCACAGACGAGCCGUCACAAACGGGGCCGACGGAGUGUGAACCUGAAACCCCCGAUCUCCUCCAGAGUGACACUAAUAAUGAUACGGAGAGGGAAAAAGACGAAGAAGAUGAUGAAAGUGUAGAAGACGGAAAGGGCCAGAGUCCGGAAGAGCCAGAGGGUCAGGAUGCUGCUGUGGAGAUCGCAGAGGUGACUCCCAGUCUGUCGCGACCCACAGACGAGCCGGAGCUUCAUAAAAAUGGUGAUGAUGACGUGCCGAGACAGGAGAAGGGGGACGGUUUUAAUUCAGAGCUGAAGGAAAAAAGACAGAGAAAAGCGUUGGAAGCAGAAGAUGCGAGCCAGGAGGUGGAUGGAGUCGGAGAUGUGAGGGUGGAGGAGGAACCUGCGCUUCUAGGGAACGGUGAUCCAGAGGAUGGUGAUGGUGGUGGUGGUGGUGGUGACGUUGAGCAGUUAGAGUCAAGCCCAGCUGCUGAACCUCCAAAUGAUGAAGUACAGAUACGGAAGAAAAAGACAAAAAGGAAAAAAGAAACUGAUGUGAGGUUGGAGGACGAACCUGCACUUCUAGGGAACAGUGAUCCAGAGGAUGAUGGUGGUGGUGGUGAUGUUAAGCAGUUAGAGUCCAGCCCAGCUGCUGAACCUCCAAAUGAUGACGUACAGAUACGGAAGAAAAAAAUGAAAAGGAAAAAGGAAUCCGAUGUGACUUCAGAUCAAAAAUCAACCGAGCAGUUGGAGGAAGAAAGAGAACAUUUAGGAACUACUGAGGCUUCUCAGGAAACAUUAGAAUCCAGUUUUGUAAAGAGAAAAAAGAAAAAGAAGCACCAGACAGCUUCGAAUGAAGAUACUCAAGAAGGAGAAGGUGAUUGUCAGGAUGUGAACUUUUCUAAUGAUGUUACAACCUUGGAAGAAAGUGCAGGAUUGUUAGUCAAGAAGAAGAAGAAAAAGAAGAAGAAGAAAAGAACCUCUGAUACGGAUGACAUUGCUGUCACUCCUGAGGAUGAUGUAAAUUCAUUUAACACACAGAUAACAACAGAUGACCUUGGAGAACAAGACGCUGAAGUGGCGACCAAGAAGAAGAAGAAGAAAAAGAAAAGGAAGAGCGGAGAAAUAUCAAGCAUGGAAAUCUCCAGUAACACUGUGGCACAAAGUGAUGAUUCAGUGUCUGCGCGGAAAGAGGAAAAGAGGAGGACCUCUUCCUUCCUUGUUGCUGAUGCAGAGGGAAAAGCUGCUCAGACACACGAGGGAAAACAUCCUCCUUCGCAAUCAACGGCUGCCGCUGUGGAGUUUGCGAACGAGUCAGCAGAAAUUGCCCGAGGACGUUUGCAGGAAUCUAACGGCGAGGUCAGGAAAAAGAAAAAGAAGAGGAAGAGGAAGAUGUCAGACGCACUGGAGAGUGCGGACAAUGAUCACGACCCGGAUUUUGAGGAACCAAACGAGAUGUCUGAGAUGACUGCAGCUGAAACUGGGCUCAAGAAAAAAGAGAAACGGAAGAGAACUGAAAGCCAGUCGCUGAACGACAUGGAAAGAUUGCAAAGUCCAACUCAAACUGAUGAGGUUGUGGUGUUAAAAAAGAAGAAGAAGAAGAAGAAGAAGACCAAGGGGAAUCCACCAGCUUCCACUGAAGAGAAUGAAUUAGAAAUAUCUACACCACAAUCCUGUAGCUCAGUGUCAUACAAGAAGAAUGCGUUAGCCGUGGAGUCAAAGGUCAAACAUAGCAGCACCAAAACAUCUCAAGCAACCGAGGAAGCUCCUUCUUUAGAGACACCUGUGCAUCAGCUGUUAGAUGGUGUGACAGAUGAGAAAAAAAGGAGAAAACUUGAAAAGAAAUCACCAGAAAUUACCAGGACUCCUAACGUAGAGGCCCAUAAAGCCAAAGAGGAAAAAAUGAAGGUAACAGCUGAGUCCAGUUUCAGCCCUAAGUUAUCAAAGGCUCCUCUCACACAACUUGAAUUGUCCUCCUCACACAGUAACAAGAAAAACAAGCUCGCGAAGGGCAAGAGGCAGCUUUACAGUAAAGGCUACCAAGUGUUAAUGGAGUUUGACCAGCAGAGGGAUUCUCACUGAUCACACACCCAGUAAAGCUGCCUUGACCGCCAUGAGGCCGAAAUGUGACAAUUUAGUUACUUACAAAAAAAAAAAAAACAUGUUUUGUAUCAAAGCAUUUU